AGCUCUUCUUGUAUUGAGGAAGAAGAUACGUCUUCCGUGUCAAAUGCUACAAUGGCAUCAAUUCCUGUUACAGAAAAUUAUUUACAAGAAACAGAUACAGAGAAAAAAAAGCAGGAACAGAUGAUGGAAGAGUUGAAAACCUUAACUGAAAAAGUUGGUCUAACUCCUCAUGUAAAGGCUUUAAUGAAAGAAACAUUUAUAAAUAGGAAAAGAAUUAUUGAUAAUUCGGAUUCUAUAAAAACAGUUGUAUCCAACUUUCCUUUUCUUUUGGACACUGAAAUGAUUCUUUUUGAAUUCAGUUUACGAGUAAAUUUAAAGGUCAAUGACAUAAUUCAAAGAAAUAAUGCAUUAAUUAUAGAACUAGGUUCUUUUUUAAAAGUACCUGAGGAUACGAAUUCUGAAAACAGAAAAUUAAAUAUCUUGGAAAAACUGUAUUUAAACUAUAAGCCAAAGAGAACAGCAAAAAAAGUUCCGCAGCUGUUCACCGUGAAGGAUGCUUUGUCGCCCCCUGGCGACGAAUUAGUCACUAAAGAAACUGAAGGUCCACGACUAGUCACUUAUGUGGAAAAUAAUGUUAUAACUGCUGCUUUUGUUGUUGCGGAUGGAAAAAGAAUUAAAAUUAAUAAGCCCUCUACCACUGAAUCAUGAAGAAUAGAGAUAAGGAGACCG